UUCGUCAUGGACUCAGUUUGCCAUGGGCACCUGUUUGUGGCUGGUAUUGAGUUGCGUUUCAGGGCUCGUCCUGCGAUGCCACGCUGCUAGCGAAGGAUUCGCGUGCUCAGCCGGCUCCGACGAACCUUGCGUAUGUCGGCGCCCGGGCGAUUGUUUCUCCCAGGCGGCUUCCUUGGCGCUGCCCAGGGGAUGCUGCGACCGCGGGCUCGCGUGCUGCCGGGAAAGCGGCGUCAGUGAGCAAAAGUGCGCAGCGUUCUCCAGGCUGCUGUACUGGGAGGGGUCGGCGCUGUGCCGCGCGCUCGUGCGGCCGCUGGUGGUGGGCGGCGACGAGGCGCUGCCGGGGCAGGUGCCGCACAUGGCACUGCUGGGCUUCGGGGAGGGCUCGGCGGAGAGCGCGCAGUGGCUGUGCGGGGGCGCCCUGGUCAGCGAGCGCUGGGUGCUGACCGCCGCGCACUGCGUCAGCGGCGUGCGGGGGCCCGCGCGCUGGGUGCGCCUGGGCGCCUGGCUCGAGGGCGACGCCGGGGACGCCGACGCCCAGCAGCUGGACGUCCUGCUCGGGGUGGCGCACCCGGACUACCGCCCGCCCGCGCGCUACAACGACAUCGGCCUCCUGCUGUUAGCCGAGGAGCCCGCCCUGGGCCCCAGUGUGCGGCCGGCCUGCCUGCACCGGGACUUCGCCAUCCCGGGCAGCAAGGCGCAAGCGUGUGGCUACGGCCGAGUGUCCUUUGACGCAGACAACUCUGGAGACGCCCUGCGGUGCGUGUGGCUACCCUUCCUCGCACGCGUGGAGUGCGCAAAACACUUCAGGGAGGAGAUGGGGGCAGCCACGCUGCCGCGAGGGUUGCCGCGCAGCCUGCUCUGCGCCGCAGACCUGAGGGGCGGCAAGGAUACCUGUCAGGGUGACUCUGGCGGCCCCCUUCACAUCCUAUCCGAAGGCUGCAUGUACUCCUUGGUCGGGGUCACGUCCUUCGGUAAGUUCUGCGGCUUCCCCAACUCGCCCGGAGUGUACACCCGCGUCUCCCACUACGUGCCCUGGAUUGAGAGCAUCAUCUGGUCGAGGGAAGUCCAAGCUGCCCGCGAGGGUACCUCUCCGCUAAUCGAAUAUGGGAUACCUGAAAUCAAGUUUACAUAUAUUGAAGACAUGAGAUCUGAAAGCCUAUGGUCCGGAAACAAUAGCGCGUCCAUAUCAGAAGAGCAGAGCACCCUGCUGUCAAACGAGACAACUUCAGAGAGUAUUGAACCACCAGCAAAUAUAAAUGAAUGAUUGGUUUAUGCAAAA